UCAUAAAAUUUAGAGGAGCACGCAUUUUGCUUCAGAAAAAGAUUCAACAUUGGUAUUUCAAAAGUGAUGACAUCCAACUAAACAGCGAGACAUAGAAAAUGAAUAUGCAAAUAGGCUCUUGGGGAAUCCCCAAAUUUCCGAUAGGUAGAUGCUCGUUAUACUGUCGCAAAUGGAUUUGAUUAACAAAUCAAAAUUCGCGUUACAUGUAGAGUGAAUUAGAAGACUAUUCAACUGUAUAGAUGCAUUGACUCCAUCUUUGCUUACGUCUAACUACACAGAUCACUUCCGGGAAGCAGACCGAUCCAUUGUCUAAGCAGCCUGACGGUGCUUCAGUAGAAUCGUGUGUCACGUGGACCAUCAUUGCUAAUAUGACAUGGUGGGAGGACACAGGGUGUGGAGACCCUAUUGGCAAAGGGUUUGUGUGUGAAAGCAAAGCAAGAAACAAUACAGAACAGUUGGUUAGUCCGGUUGUUCAUCCGCCGACACGUGCACAAUCCAUAGAUCGACUCUUCAACUGCAGAAAUGGUGAACUCAUCUGGGAAUCUAGGAAAUGUGAUGGACAUCCCGACUGCUCUGACGGAAGUGAUGAACAGAGCUGCGGUGGUGCAUGCGCCAGCUUACAGUUCCCUUGUAUGUCUAAUGACCAGUGCAUCUCGUGGGACAUGUACUGUGAUCAGAUCAACGACUGUGUGGAUAAAAGUGACGAAACAAUGUGCAUUCCGAAACCAUGUGAUGAGGAUGAAUGGCGUUGUUCCAAUGCUCAGUGCAUUAACAGAUUAAAGGUGUGUGACCUGACACCUGGCUGUCGAGAUGGGUCUGACGAACUCGGCUGUAGUUUAUUUUUGAAGUUCCUGGUAAGCAUGCAGAGGGCAAAGUAUGUUCUCGAUAUUGGAAUGUUUACCGGAUACAGCGCCCUGUCGAUGGCGGAAGCGCUUCCUGCGGACGGUAAAGUGUUCACAUGUGACCGGGAACUAUAUCUCGCUGACCUCAACCGGAAGGUAUUUGAUUCGUCACCUCAUGGGAAGAAGAUUGAAAUUCGACUAGGAGAUGUAGGAGAUACUCUGAAGGCACUGGCGAACGACGGCGUACAGAUCGACUUCGUGUUCCUGGAUGCUGGCGGGGAGAAGUACGGGGAGUAUUUUGAUUUUCUUCUUGACAAGAACAUCCUUGCACCCCGGGGCACGAUCGCCGUGGAUAACACCCUCUUGUUUGGGCGAUCGUACCUGGAACACGAAAACCACAGGGCAAAGUUUAACAAAACGAUCACAGAAGAUCGGAGAGUACAACAGGUCCUGUUGACAGUCCGAGAUGGCAUCACGCUGAUCAGAAGAACUGAUGAUGUAUACGGCCAGGUGUAAAUCACAGAAAGAGAGAGAACUUGAAAUGUGUUAAGUGUAAACCACACAGAGAGACGCGCAGUGUCGUUUCGUUACUUGAUGUAGCAGCUUAAUAUAGUCCGGUUUAGGAAAUAGUUCGUCAUAAAAACAAAUACUACAAAAUUCUGAUAUGCUUUUUGAAAUAUCUCUUUGAUGAUUACACGUAGGUUGAUAUCUGUAGUAUUUAAAUAACCCAUUGGUUUGAAGUAAAUUAUUAUAUGUAGCACUAACUGAUAACAACUGUGCAAGUGGUUUAAUGUCAUUUGUAUAACAGCUACACGAGGCGAUGGCCGGGCAUAGAGACCAUUAAUUGAACAUUUUGUGGUCGACCUAUGUUGAUUUUUAUACAAUACAUGUCAGUUGAGAGCACUCCCUACAAUUAGUAAUCACAUGACCGUUUCGACAGUUUUGUAUUUGUCACAGAAUAUAUUCGUACAUAGAAAUUGUAUUCAACUCCAUAGAAUAAAUACUAGUGGUGUGCAACCUUUAGUGUUCAGUGAACACAAACAACAUUAUAUUGUUGUUGAUAACGCGAACUGUUAAAGGUCAAUAUCCAGAUAAGUAGUUAAUAAACGAGAUACAAACUA